CAAUAGGGGUGCAAAGGCUGAGCCUGCUGAGCUCCCAGAUGAAUAGAAGCAAUGGACAUGCCACUGCAGCAUCGUAACACCCUUCAGCAAAGGAGUUAGAGCUCAGCCAUAGUGUGAGCCAUAGCGCAGCAAAUCUCCCCGGUUAAAAUCCCUCCUCUAGUCCUGUUAGUACUACUACCAAAUAACAACUUCCCUAUCCGUGAGGCUCUUUUAGACCCAGGCUUUCCACCCUGCAAGCAGAGGACCGGAUUUUACCAAGGAGGAUUUUCUUGAAGCAGGAGGACUGAAGAGCUCACCAAGCUCAGCCAGGAAAGGACAGAGCAGCUGUGAUCUGCCAAAGCUUCCUACAGCCGCAUCCACUGGCACUAAGCUGUCUCAUUGUAAGGGUGGAUGCUGGAAGAAGUGGAGGACCAGAGCAGAAGAUACACAAACUGCACAGGAUAUUUCCAAAUUGAGUGGGGUUCAUAGCUGAUUGCUCUAAACACAGAUUUCUGUUUCAAUAGCUGCUGAAGGCCACUUACAGAAGAAGGGACCUCCUAACCCCUCAGCAGGAUGAACAAGACCAAGGGAGUUUUUGAUAGCCCAGAACUUUGGAGCCCAGGUUGCGUGCAGAGCAGCACCUCCCUGAUCAGUGUGGCACCACCCUUUGCAUUUGGACAGGCUAUGGACACAGCCCUGAAUGUAAUCCUUAUCGUGGUCCUCCUCAUCAUCAUGGUGUCUCUGGGAUGUACAAUGGAGAUAGCCAAGAUCACAGCUCACCUCAGGAGACCUAAAGGUGUGGCAAUAGCCAUAAUGGCUCAGUACAGCAUCAUGCCCUUGACAGCAUUCAUGUUGGGCAAGCUCUUCCAGCUGGGCACCUCAGAAUCCCUGGCCAUCCUCAUCUGCAGCUGCUGCCCAGGGGGAAACCUCUCCAACAUCUUUAGCCUGGCACUGAGAGGGGACAUGAACCUCAGUGUUGUUAUGACCGCGUGCUCCAUGGUUCUGGCAAUUGGAUUGAUGCCACUGCUUCUGUACCUGUACUCGGGAGGACUGUAUGAGGGUGACUUGGAGGGCAAGGUACCUUACAAAGGAAUAAUCACCUCCCUGGUGCUGAUGCUAAUCCCCUGUGCCAUUGGCAUCAUCUUGAAUGAGAAGAAACCACAGUACACUGGCCUUAUCACCAAGGCAGGGAUGAUUAUGCUUCUACUGUCAUCUGCUGCUGUAACUGUUCUGUCUGUGGCCAAUAUGGGAAGCUGUAUCAUGGUUGUCUUCUCACCAUCUCUCCUGGGAACUUCUGCCUUAAUGCCCCUCACUGGAUUCCUGCUGGGCUACGCUGUCUCUGCAGCCUUCAAGCUUAAUGACCGGUGCAGGAGGACAGUGUGCAUGGAAACUGGCUGCCAAAAUGUACAGCUCUGCUCAGCUAUCCUCAAGGUCACCUUUGCCCCAGAGAUCAUUGGCCCCCUGUACUUCUUCCCACUACUCUACUUGCUGUUCCAGCUUGCAGAAGGAUUUCUGCUCAUCCUGGUCUUUCGGCUCCAUGACAGAAUAAAGCAAGCCAACGCGAAAAUUAUCUGUGCAGGUGUGGACACAUUCAGUGCUCAAGAAAUGAAAUCAGUGUCAAUACAUUGCAGAAACAGUGGAAAACCAGGAAAACAAUAUAUGGAUUCUGCAGCAGUUGCUCUCACAACUCUCCAAGCUCUACCUUCUGCAGCCAGCUCAUAGGUCUCCAGCUGUUCUGUCAAAGACUUAUCUAUGCACUAAUUUCAGAGCAGUCACAGAGCCAUCUGCAUCCAGUUACUCCCCAAAGAUCUUGCUCCACACUAAGCCUCGCUCUGUCAGCCCACAGAGGAGACUUCAGUGGCUUCAGUCAUUGUGACAACCCUUUGGGACAGCUGAAGAACAUGCAAAGUGACUGUCCCAGUUUUACCUGCAAGAAAAUCACCGCCUACAUUCAGUUCCCUUUCUUAAUUUUACUUACCUGUAACUGUCCUGCUGGUACAUAAUGGGAGCAGAUCGAGAUGAUAUCACUGCAGAUCAAUGUAAUUUCUCUAACAGACCCAGAAUGAGCUGUGAAAGUUCCUCCAUGCAGAAGCCAGUGAGAUCCAAUGCACAGCCAAGCACAAACCCAUGGGCUGUUGCUUUCUCCCAUCCUCCAAUGGGUAUCAUGUGGUACCACUGAUCCCCCACAGCAGCCACACAGACCGUUAUCAUGGCUACACAAACUGCCUUUGUAUGCCAACUUUGGGCCCAGCUUCAGAUGAACCUUAAAUGUGCCUUCUUUUGUAGCAAUCAGUAAACUCAACACCACACCUGUUCUAGACACCACCUAGGUAUGGUCACACUACACACACGGUACCAGGAAAGAGUGGCAUCAACUCUCCAAUGUCCAGACUGCACCAAAGUAGUUUGCCUUAAUUAAGAAUAAACAGGUUUGUACCUAGAACCCACACUUAAUAAACACAAGAAUAAUUUCUGGCCACAAAUCAGCAUAAGCCUCCAUACUGCAAAGCCUGGGAGUUCAACAAGAAGCUGAUCAUUACAACAGCCAGUUCCCCAGGGAAAACACAGACACCAGCUCACACUGUUUGCAAGGCAAGUUAAGUGGUGUGGUCUAGAAACAGAAUUCAGAAUGACUGUUUAUAGAGCAGAUAAUACUUCACAUUUAGCCUGAGAGAAAUCCAGGAACCCUUUCAUCACAUCAAGUGCCUUCAGCCACCUGGGUUCCAGUUGACGCCAAGUCCCAGUUGGAUACAGAUGCCCAUGAUCACCCAAGUUAGCAGGAUCAACUCCAGACCUCAACACAGCUGACAUUCCACCCUGAUAUGUGUGAAUGCUGCCUUUACCGCUGGAAGUUAGAGCCUCCUUGUUCCACACCUCUUGGGAUGAACCAGUAUCUGCACCAAGGCUCUGAGAGUGAAGCCUCUCACUCCCCAAAGCUGACUGUAACAACCCAGUUAACAGUGGAUCCGAGCCCCUCUCAGUGCCUGCUCUCAGGAGUGCCUGGCAGCCCAGCACACUGCCACCUCAAGAGACAGACCCACACAGUACAAGAGCUCCUCCUCCUUCCUUAGCUUGGCACCCAAGAGCUCUACAGCAGCCGGGAGAAAGGGCAGCAGGGCUGCAAAGGCCAAACGCCUGACGUCCCACAAGCCAGACCUUGCUCCAAGAGGAACCACCUUGCAUUUCCUACAAUCUAUCCAAAUCCGAGCCUAAGCUACUAAGAUAUUUUUAAAGGUUUCUACAGAGUACUUAAAAAGCUUUGUAAAGCAUUUUAUAAGAAAACACGUUAUUUUAAAAAUUAAAUUUCUAAGUUGUCUUGUGGCUAAGGGCUUGAGAAAUAAAGGGAUUGCAGAGGACUGCUGCCACUGGAAGGCACAAACACAAAAACACAGAACCUCAUGGCACUACUGCUGCAUUACUCCCACCCACCAACUUAAAAAUCCCUCUUCCCCCAGAAUGAGGACUAAUGCUUACAAAACUGGGUUAUCUACACCCCAGUGCUCUCAUACAACCAUGCACAAAUACACAAAUGGUAGGCUGACUACGUCUUUAACAUUAUACACUUAUUAUCCCAAGCGAUUAAAAGCCAAAUCACUCAUCCACUCCACUUUUUUGCUACAAACUAUGACAGCCUGAUUAUCCAUGUUCUUAUUUUAGAACACAGAGAUAUCCAAGGACAUCACACAAUAUAUUUUAAAGUACGCUAAUUCUUACCCCUGCCUGAAAAAGUUAUCACUUUGCCACAGCUCCACCUUCAAGAAACAUUUUAACACAGUCCCAACCACUUUAUCAACAUCAAGAAACAAACCAGAAGCAGAAAUGUUUCUUUAUACUUUAUUUGAACUAUUUUAUUCUUAGGUAUCAAGAAAUAAGAGUGCUUUAUAGAAUAUUAUUACCACAGGGCAGUGAAAUGGGCAUUUUCUUAAUGUAGUGCAAGUUAUAUUAAAUGAAAAUAUUUUAAAAUAAAGUUUUAUUACCAGUACCGA